AUGUAUAACAAUAAUGAAUUAGAAAAAUUGGUUAUUAAGGGAAGUACAAGAUUUCAGGAAGUAAAUUUUAAUUAGCCAAGACUCUUUUAACCAAAGUUGAAUAUUAUCAAAUUAAAAGGAUUUCAAUAAAUAGUAGAUUUAAUAAAGCAAUAAGAAUCUUUUUCGAAACAUAAUUAGAUUCCUUAAAAUAAUACUUAGAAAAAUCUGCCUUCUAUUUUGGUUUACCCUCCUAAAGCUGAAUUAAUUACAACUUCAAAGAAAGAAAUAUCUAUUAGAAAAUAUAGUGAAACAAGGGUUUAUGGCAGAAAAAGCUUUACUGAAACUGCUGAGCCUCAUUCCCUUGAACGAAGAAGAAUAGAUACAAAACGAAAUAAAUUCGCAAUCAAAAAGGCUCUUCCAAAUAAAUAAGAAGAAUAAAAUAUGUUUGAAAAUCCUAAUGAUUUUGCUACAAUCGUAAGUUACUCAAAUUUAUUAAUGAUAAUUCCUUAAGAGAAAAUAGUAUAUAAAGCAUUCAUAACAAAAGGAAAUAAUGGUUAACUUGUUAGACAAUUAAUAAAGUCUAGAUCUUGGUGGAUAUUAAUUGAUAGUCCUUAAAAUGAUAUGAAUCUUUAUUGGACAUAACUUAGAAAACAAGGAUUUUAUAAGGAUCUAAUAACUAUUACUGGGAAUUAAUCUACAUUUACUAAAGCAUAAAAAAAAUAAGUUUAUGAUAAAUUUAAGCUAAAAUUAGAAGAAGAAAAGUAUAGUAAUUUCGUUUCGAGUAAUAUCUUAAGAGUACAUAAUCAUUUAGAAGGCAAUUUCUAAAUCUCAAAUAAGAAAGCAUUGUAUUAUAAUAUGAAAUCAUAUUAUGAGUCAAUAGGAUAAGAUCCAUUUAAAUUUAUACCAUUAACAUUUCAUAUUUAAGAUGGUAUAAAGGAUCCUGUCUAUUAGUAAUUUGAAGAAUAUGCAAGAAGGAAUAAUAUAAAUGUGUGGAUAAUAAAACCAGGAGAAUAAUCUAAUAGAGGAAAUGGAAUAGAAGUAGCCAAUUCUAUUUCAUAAGUCAAAAGGUUAGUUUCUUAUAGGGAAAUACAUUCAAAUGGUGUAAAGAAGACUUUUAUUGUUCAAUAAUAUAUAAAUAAACCAUUAUUAUACAACAAAAGGAAAUUCGAUAUAAGAUGUUUUAUGUUAAUAACAUGUAUAAAUCACCAAUUCAAAGCUUAUUGGUAUUAGGAAGGAUAUAUAAGAACUAGUUGUAAAGAGUUCAAUUUAGAUGAUACAGAUUGUAAAUAUACCCAUUUGACUAAUGAUGCUGUUCAAAAAUACAGUAAAAAUUAUGGGAAAUAUGAAACAGGAAAUAAAGUAAUCAUUAAUUAUUAAAAAUAAGGUUUCUUUUAAUGAUUUUACUAAGUAUGUAUAGGAAAUCUAUAAUUUAAAUUUUAAUAAUACGAUAGAACAAUUAAAGAGUUUAUGUACUGAUAUUGUCAAAGCAUCUUAUUAACAUUUAGAUCCAAAUCGCCAUUUCUAUACUUUUGAGUUAUUUGGAUUAGAUUUUAUGAUUGAUAGUGAUUUUAAACCAUGGCUUAUAGAAGUGAAUACAAAUCCAUGUCUUGAAACAUGUUGUCCUCUACUUACUAGAUUAAUAAAUCAUUUAGUUGAAAAUACUAUUAGAAUUGCUAUCGAUCCUAUGUAUCCUCCUCCAAGCAAGAAAAAACCAUUACCUGAAUUCAAAAACAAUUUUGAACUUAUUUUUAGUACUCCUUUAAAAGAAUAAUGUGGAAAAUUACCAGAAAUUUAAUAAGAUGAUGACGAUCUUGAUGUAGAUGAUGAUAAUUGA